GUCGCUCCAACCUCUCUCAGCCGCUGGACUUCAUACGUGACGGACGCGUACGCUUAUUCUUAAGUAAAAAAAAAAUUAACUCUUGUUAAGAUAUGGCUGACCAGGAGAUGGAACAACAGGACUUCUCCGAGGACUACUCGGGCGGCGACUUCCAGGGCAACGGUAUGGAGAACGGCGACGCUCAGCCUGCACAGGAGACAAACGCCGAAAAUAGGACAGACAGCGGCGCGGCGGACGCUCCGGGCAGGGAUGACGACAGGAAAUUGUUUGUUGGUGGCCUCAGUUGGGAAACGACUGAAAAGGAGCUUAGAGAACAUUUCAGCAAAUAUGGCGACAUUGAAAGCAUUAACGUCAAGACAGACCCCAACACUGGAAGAUCAAGAGGCUUUGCCUUCAUUGUAUUUAACACCUCAGAUGCUAUUGAUAAGGUUAUCAAUGCUGGAGACCACGUCAUUAAUGGCAAGAAGGUCGACCCCAAGAAAGCCAAAGCACGUCAUGGCAAGAUCUUUGUUGGUGGCCUGAAGCCCGAACUUACAGACGACGAGAUCAAGAACUUUUUCAAUCAGUUUGGUAACAUUGUCGAAGUUGAAAUGCCAUUCGACAAGACCAAGAAUCAGCGCAAAGGCUUCUGCUUCAUCACCUUUGAACAGGAAUCAGUUGUCACAGAGUUGUUGAAGACCCCCAAACAGAGCAUCAGCGGCCAUGAGGUUGAUGUUAAGAAGGCCACACCCAAGCCUGAUGCUAUGGGCAUGAUGCGAGGCGGCAUGCGUGGAGGUAUGAGAGGGCGCGGUGGCGGCAUGCGCGGCCGAGGAAGAGGCUGGGGCAACAACUGGGGCCAAGGAGGCUACAACUAUGGCCAGGGCGGCUAUGGUGGUGGAUAUGGCGGAUACGGUGGCUACGACUACGGUUAUGGUGGUUAUGGGGGAUAUGGUGGUUAUGGCUAUGGCAAUGAUUACUAUGGCUAUGGCGGUGGAGGCUAUUCGGGUAACUAUGGCCCUUACCAGGCGGCCAAGGGUACGAUGGGAAGAGCCAGCGUGGGCGGCAACAGACGAGGCACCAGCCAUACUGAGGGACGUCGGAACUACGAACACAACACGUGGAACGGCACAGAGUACUAAGACGAAAGUGCUGACUACCGCUGCUGCACAAGUCCUCGAUGCUGCUGCUGCGACAACUGUUGCCGCUGCCGCCUCUGGAAUGCAGCUGAGCCCGUGUCCUCAAGUUGCCACUUAAUUGUAUACUCAAAAUAUUUAUAAAAACUGGAAAAUACAAAAAAGUGAUGCAUGUCACACACAAAAAAAUGUAUAGUUCUUAUGAAGCAUUCCUGUGUACAGGGCAUUUCGCUGUACUCUGGACAGUUCAUACAAAUAUUUUUUACUUAAUUUUAAGAUUUUAUUUCUGGCUGUACAGUCCGUACAUGUAUGAAUAAAUGCGAUUUUUUGUGUAA